GUCGGCGCCGCGGUUGCCGCGGUGACGGGUGGGUCCGUGGGGGUCCCCGCGCGGGGCGGGGCUAGGGCUGUCCCUAGUCCCGCGCGCGCCGCCUCCUUCUGGGUCUCCGCCACUGGGACCUGAGGUCCAGAGCGCGGCUUCCCUGCGGGUGACGCGAUGGGUUGCGGGAACUCCACGGCCACCAGCGCGGCCGCGAGUCGAGGUCCGACCGGAGCAGUUAAAGACACAACAGAAGACUCCAUUACCGAAGACGACAAGAGGAGAAACUAUGGAGGUGUGUAUGUUGGCCUACCCUCUGAAGCUGUCAACUUGGCCUCUAGUCAAGCAAAGACUGUACAAAAAAAGGAAGGUAACACAAUGACUGGAUACUCAAGAGCUUGCUCAUGAAUUUGGAAGCGGUUUGGCUCCUGGGACAUUGAAUGAACACAGAUAUCUUCAAAGAAAUUCUGAAAGGUUGUUCCUGCUGUGCCACCUCGCCCACAUCCUAGCUGUGUAGUUAAAGCCACAGGUCCAUGCUGGAUGUUGUGGUCAUAGAAGGGACUUUGUGCCACCCACCAGUGAGAGACCAUAAAGGCUGUUGCUCCCCGGCCUGGGCCACCAGGCGCCACACCAUGGUGUUUUCCCUCCUGACCAUCCAGCACAGUUCACCAAACGCUUGUCUUUUCACUGAUAAUCUUUUGAUAGUUUUUAUACGACACGAUCCUUAUUGUAUUUAUAACACGGUCGUAGGGCCACAUAAAGGAAUUACCUGAAGUAAUAUAUUGCCUCUUGUCUUCAAUGUUUCUAUGUCAUUAUUUUUUAGCUGUAAAGUUGGUAAAUGGAUUCUUAACAAACAUCUCCCUUUUUUACUAGUUGGCUUAAAAUUUUUGUCUUAAUGCUGGGAGAAUUCCCUUUGCUAAGAACAUUGCAGCAUUUGAAAAUAAACUCAUUCAAUGUGCAUGUUAUAUA